AUGGCAAGGGGAGGUCAAAUUCUUGGAAUUUUGGUGGUAUUUCCUGUGCUUCUGCUGCUUAAUUUCAAGACCACUGAAGCAGCCACCUACGUUGUUGGAGGUGAUAUUGGCUGGAGUCCAAACGCCAACGUGCAAGCUUGGGCUCAAAAACACAGAUUUUUUGCUGAUGACACACUAGUGUUCAACUAUGAUUCAGAACUGUACGACGUGGUGGUAGUGGAUCAAGGGAAGUACGAGAAAUGCACAUAUUCUCCAGAUGAUCUACUUCUUGAUACAGGAAAUGAUAAAAUUCAACUUACUUCAGGACCAAAUUAUUUCAUUACUAGUGAUAAAGCUGUUUGUCAAAAGGGUAUGAAAUUGGCUGUUAAUGCCUCGCCUCCGCCCCGGCGCAAGCUAUCGCUACAUUGA